GAAGGAAUGCAAGUUUGUUCACAACUUCUACUCGGACCACAAUCUCUUUGUUCUAAAACAAUAUGGACUUCAGCGUUUUAACAGUGAUGAACUUCGCCAGCUUCUGCUUCAAAAUGACCCUUCCCUCUUACCAGAGGUCUGCUCGCAUUAUAACAAAGGGGAUGGACCUUAUGGAUCUUGUACCUAUAAAAAGAUCUGCACCAAACUCCAUAUUUGCCAGUACUUUUUGCGGGGACAGUGCAAAUUUGGCAGCAGCUGCAAGCGAUCCCAUGACUUAUUAAAGUCAGAAUGUUAUGACAAACUGGAGAGACAGGGAAUGAGCUCAAACAUAAUUCAGAAACUACCCUCCAUUUAUAGGAAUAUGUAUGACAUAAACAAUGGCAACAGGAACGUGUGUGACAUACAAGAUGCCAGGUCUUCACCAGGCAAAGAGAGAAAACACAGCUCUAGCGAAGUAUCCUCAACUACAAAUGAUGAUGAUUUGGAACAGAUCUGUUUAUAUCAUCUGUACAGAAGUUGUGGCUUUAAAGACAAGUGUAUCAGAACUCAUUUUCACUUGCCAUAUAGAUGGCAGAUCUCUGAUGGUAAUACCUGGAAGGACUUGAAGAAUAUGGAAGAAAUAGAAAAAGCAUAUUGUGACCCCAGUAAUGCCAGAUUUAAUAAUGAUGAUACUGAAAGUGGCUCUGUCUUGUCAUGUAUCUGCUUUGUGAAUAUGUGCUGUGGGUUUGCAAAGGUUAGACGUCUUUCUACAGCCUCCUCUGUGACCAAACCCCCUCACUUCAUUCUUACAACAGAAUGGAUCUGGUACUGGAAAGAUGAAUAUGGCCUGUGGCAGGAGUAUGGAAAAAAAGAUGAUAAUCAUGCAGCUGCCACUGUCACUAGCGAUGACCUGGAGAAAGCUUAUAUAGCCAAAGGUUCUCCAAAGCUGAACUUCCAGGCUGGAAGACAUGAAUAUGAACUCAAUUUUGGAGCCAUGAUUCAGAAAAACAUUCGCUACAAAACAGAGAGAGAGAUUUGCAGAAGACCUAAAUUUGUCUCUCAGACAGAGGUAGAAGAGACAAGAGCAAGUGCCUUUAAACAUACAGAAGAGUUUAAGCACAUUCCGGCUCACUGGGACAAAUCUGCCUUGCCUGAACUGGGAUUCAAGCUGAUUGAGCUUGACGGGUCUUCUGAAGAAUACAAGAAAGUCAAGGUGGGCUUUCAACGCACAAUGCCCAAAACAGUUAUUAAAAGGAUUUGUAGAGUUCAGAACCCAUCUCUCUGGGUACUGUAUCAAUGGCAGAAGGAACAAAUGCAGAAGAGCAAUGGUGGAAAGGCUGUGGAUGAGCGAUUUUUAUUUCAUGGGACCAGUAAUAAAUACAUUGAUGCCAUCUGUCAUCAAAACUUCGACUGGAGGAUCUGUGGCCUUCAUGGGACGGUGUACGGCAAAGGAAGCUAUUUUGCAAGGGAUGCAUCUUAUUCUGACAACUACUGCAGGGAAGACUCAUACACUAAGACCAUGUUUCUGGCACGGGUGCUGGUGGGAGAGUUCACUCUUGGCAAUUCUUCUUAUGUUCGGCCUCCCUUGAAGGACAACCAAAACUUCUACGACAGUUGUGUGAAUAGCUUUUCAAAUCCUUCUAUCUUUGUCAUCUUUGAGAAACAUCAGAUUUAUCCAGAGUAUCUCAUAGAAUACACUGACCAGGCAUUGGCAAAAAUGCUAUAGCAGCAAAACCUGUCAUCAUUACGUUUAGCUGGUAUAAACAUUUUUUUUAGUAUUG